AUGAAACGGUUGGAUUUACAAGGAGUUCGUGGAAUUGCAAUCUUGGCAGUUCUAGGAUUUCACUUAUUCCCAAAGUUAUUCCCAAAUGGAUAUUUGGGAGUCGAUCAAUUUUUCGUGCUCUCCGGAUUUCUUAUGUGCAUGUUGUUAACGAAAAGUGAAAAAACUGAACAAUCAACAUGGUCAUUGAUUAAAAACUUCUAUAUUCGACGAUUCCGACGGAUACUUCCUUUAUAUUAUCUCAUCAUUUUUCUAUCCUUGAUAUUCCUAUAUUUAAUUUUUCCUGAUACUGCAAUUGUAACAAAUGAAAACUCUGCGAAAAAAGCAUUACUAUUCCUAUCAAAUCGAUUGAAAACGGACGAAGAAAAUUAUUUCGAAAUGCUCUCGAUUGCCGUCGAUAUUUUCACCCAUACUUGGUCACUUUCAGUCGAAAUUCAAUUCUAUUUACUAGCCCCAUUUAUAUUCUUGCUUCCUUCAAGAAUUGCAUCAAUGAUUUAUUUGUCGAUCGGAAGUUUUAUCUAUUUCUAUUAUCUACCACCAAGUUAUGCAUUUCUCAAUGUUUCUCAAGAAUCUGGCAGUUUUUAGCUGGUAUGAUUGCUUUUAUAUUAUGUGAAACUUCAAUGCAAGAAAAUCAAUAUAAAUUAGUCGAAGAUCUAGAAAAAAAUUGUGCAGAAACCAAGCCAUCAACUUCUUUGAAACCUAAUACAAUUAUAAGUGUAGCAUUUACAAUUCUCGUAAUAUUAAUCAACUUCAAUCAAUUACCGUUGCCACAGAAUUUUGUCAGGUAAGAUUUGACCCAAUGGUAGACUCUUCAAUCAGCUUCAUUUCAGACCUAUUACCACAUUUCUAACUACCGGAAUUAUUCUAUUUUCAAAUGGUGAAAACAACAAAAUUCUUUCAAAUAAAUUUAUAACUUAUAUUGGUGAUAUAUCGUAUUCUCUAUAUUUGAUACAUUGGCCAAUUUAUGCCUACUGGAAGCUCACUAAUAAUGGGAAUCUGGUAAUUUUAUUUUAUUCGAUGAUGAUCUCAAUUAUCCUUGCGAUGAUAAUUUAUAAUUAUUUCGAAACAUGGUAUAUAAGCUUGUCAAAUCGCAAUAUUGCAAUAUUGACAGGAGUUUUAUUGAUGGGAAAUGUGAUUAUUUUGCAUCGCGAAACCAUAAACAAACAUAUUUCCCAAGAACAUCUGACAAAUUUCACAAGUCUCGAUGGAAUCACACCAAAUAUGACACUAGAUGAUGCAAAAAGAAUAAACUACGCUUGGAACACUCAUGACACACAAAACUUGAUAACACCAGCUUGCAAUUACGCCACAACAAAACCAUUGGGUUGGUGUAACAUAACUGGGUUAGAUCAAAAUAAUGAGAAAAAAUAUAAAAUUAUUAUAAUUGGUAAUAGUUGGGCUGCAAAUCAUGCGCAUAUUUUUUAUCAAGAAUGUGGAUAUAAAGCGAGGAUUAUGCUGAUUGGUGCGAAAUAUGGCUGUGAACCGCUAUAUCCUUCACUGAAGUAUGGCAGAUGUCAGAACGAAAUUAUAGAUUUUCAAAAACAUGUGGAAGAUUUUAAACCGGAUUAUGCUUUUCAUAUCACGAGGUGAAUUAAUUUCCAAACUAUUUUUUUUCAAAAUCAAAAUUAAUUUCAGGCAUAUUUCUUAUGGCGAACCAUUUCUCAAAGAUGGUGACUUCAAAAACGAUCCAAUUUACAAAAUAAUGCUGAAUAACACAAAAAUAUUGACGAAAAAUAUCAAGAACAAAUUUUAUAUUCUGAAUGCGAUUCCUAGAAUGUCGUCUACGACACAAUGUUCUAUCCCGAACACUGAGUGA